AUGAGUGACAUCAGUAUAUUCAUCACGUCGGACUUGACCUCAUCUGAAAGAAGAGUGUCCCCACAAUGGUCGCUAGAAUAUUUCAAACAGAAACUUGAACUAAUUACGGGAGUUGAGCCUCGAAAUCAAUUACUCCAGUAUUUUCCCAACAAAUAUUCCAAUGAGUACGUCCAACUUCCAUCACAGCAGCAGCGGAAUGAUGAACGGGAUGUACGCUUGAGCGAAUUGGGGUUGAAAGAGUACAGUCGCAUACAUGUCAUUGACAUGGAUCCCAAUUCCACUGCCAAUCAAAUCUCCUCCACCAUUUCACCAGCAGGGGGAAACAUACUUGAUGCAAAUGCGGAAUACCAAAUGCUGGAAGAAGAGUAUCAGAAACGAAACAAUACGGUGUUGAAGUGGAAACAAGAACAAAACUUGGGUCGAUUUGAUCCUGAAUACGAACUACUCCAAAAACACAUAGCUGAAGAAAACGCUGCAAAAUUGGCCACUAUCCACAUCAAUGACCGGUGUCGUGUGAUUAACAUUGAAGGUGAGAGAAGAGGCAUUGUGCGGUUUGUUGGCAAGAUUGAGCAUUUGGAUCUGGGUAAACUGGACUGGGUGGGGAUUGAAUUUGAUGAGCCGGUGGGGAAAAAUAGCGGUGAUAUUGCCGGGGUGCCGGUGUUUGUGUGUCGACCAAACCAUGGGAGUUUUGUCAAGCCGAAACAAGUUGAAGUUGGUGAUUUCCCCGAAUUGGACCCAUUUGCUGCUGCUGGUGAUGAUGAUGAUUCAAAUGAAGAGUUAUAG